AUCCACGGACCCUUUAUAAAUGGCGAAUCCCCCUGGCACAGUCACCAGUCCCUUCCUGACAAAGCAGAACGAGAGAUUUCAACUUCUCGUAGCUCCAGCUUGUCUGUGGUGUGACUAGUAUUCCAGAAAUGGCUCGCCUCGCCGUAAUUUUGUUUGUCUCUGUUCUCGUAGUUUACGCUCUUGCUGACGAUCGGGCCCUUAAAGGUGAGGCCCUUGCUAACCGUCGGGACCUUGAAGGUGAGGCCCUUGGAGGUUGGGCCCUUGCUAACCGUCGGGCCCUUAAAGGUGAGGCCCUUGCUGGCGAUUGGGCCCUUAGAGGUUGGGCCCUUGCUAACCGUCGGGACCUUGAAGCCCUUGCUAACCGUCGAGACCUUGAAGCCCUUGCUAACCGUCGGGACCUUGAAGGUGAGGCCCUUGGAGGUUGGGCCCUUGCUAACCGUCUUGCCCUUAAAGGUGAGGCCCUUGCCGACGAUUGGGCCCUUAAAGGUAAGGCCCUUGCUAACCGUCGGGACCUUGAAGCCCUUGCUAACCGUCGGGACCUUGAAGCCCUUGCUAACCGUCGGGACCUUGAAGGUGAGGCCCUUGGAGGUUGGGCCCGUGGAGGUUGGGCCCUUGAAGGUUGGGCCCUGGGAGGUCGGGCCCUUGAAGGUUGGGCCCGUGGAGGUGGGGCCCUUGGCCAGCCACCCACCUUCGUCUGUCAAGAAGAUGGCUACUUCGCCGACUUCCAUAGGAGCUGCACCGUUUACUAUCGCUGCGAAGGUGGUGUAAAGCAAACGUUUGAAUGCCCAACCGGUGAACUCUUCGACGAAGGGAAGGCCAUGUGUGUCCCACAAGAGGACGUUCAGUGUCCUUAUCCUAAAAGCAGCUAGACCGAACCUCUCCUGGGAUGCAAUGGACUCAAGUCUGUCUCAAGAUGAACUCCGUACCUGACCAUGGCAUGAUGACCUUGAUAACACUGAAUAUCAUUCUUGGAUAAAGAUUUGCAUUCAAACUUUCUUAAUGUGUAACUUUGUCUCAAUAAAUAUGAAUUGCAGCAA